AUGGCUAAUCAGACGCAGCAGACGGCAGUAGCUAGACUCCGAGCCCAACUGGCAGAACCUGACAAUAUCAUUGUGUGUCCGGGUGUAUACGAUGGCUUUACGGCUCGCAUAGCUCUUAAAGCCGGCUUUGACUGUUUAUACAUGACAGGAGCCGGCACGACAAUGUCUCGGCUGGGAAUGCCGGAUCUAGGUAUAGCUACACUGAACGAUAUGCGAGAUACGGCUUCUAUGAUUGCCUCAUUGGACCAAAGUGUGCCUCUCAUCGCGGAUGCAGACACCGGAUUUGGCGGCCCUGUAAUGGUUGGGCGAACAGUAUCUCAGUACAUGCAAGCGGGCGUGGCCGCGCUGCAUUUAGAAGAUCAAGUCCAGUCCAAGCGCUGCGGCCAUCUCCUAAACAAGCAAAUCGUCUCUGAAGACGAGUUUAUAUCUCGCAUCCGAGCUGCCAACAUAGUCAGGAACAAGCAUCUUGGCGACAUUCUCAUCAUCGCCCGCACAGACGCCCUGCAGUCUGAGGGUUACGAAGUGGCAAGGGAUCGCCUCAAGGCCGCCAUUGCAGUGGGAGCAGAUAUCGCUUUUCUAGAGGGCAUCACGUCGAAGGAGCAAGCUCGGCAGAUUUGUGAGGAUCUAGCACCCACGCCUGUGAUGUACAACAAUGUGCCUGGGGGGUUGUCUCCCGACUUGUCGGCCCACGAGGCUAAAGAAUUGGGCUUCAAGCUCAUUAUAUAUCCUGGACUAUGUCUUGAACCUGUUUUCGAAAGCGUGACAAGGGCCAUGGAAGGGUUGAAGAAGGAUGGCGCUCCUGCAAAGUCUGGGCAAGAUCGCAAGGGAUCGCCCAAGGCGUUGUUUGAGGUGGUCGGACUGCGCGAGUGUAUCGGACUCGAUGCUGCUGCUGGCGGUGCAUCAUAUACCGGAGGCGUAUGAAGCUCUUCUCUCAGAAUGUAUUGAAGAAGAAGAUCUGUUAUUUCUUCCUCUUUUCUAGUCGUGCUAUUACCCGCCAAUCCAAUAUCUCGGGUUAUAUCUGC